AUGGACGCCACGAAAGCCGCUCCGCCAGCGCAGACAGCUAGGGUCACAAGAAUUCUUGGUCGAACUGGUUCUCAGGGUCAGUGUACACAAGUUCGAGUUGAGCUUGUUGAAAACAAGCGAAGUAUCAUUCGCAAUGUGAAGGGUCCCACAUCACUUGCCUUUUGGGAUGAUCUUAUUAGCAAGUCGAAUAAAUUGACCGCAUCUAUGAGUAUUACAUUGCAGUGCAUGUCCGGUUUUCUGGAAGCAUUUCAAAAAAUAUCUGACAUUGCUGAAACAAAUAAUGCGGGAUUACGCCCGUUUGGUAUCGCUUUGCGGCGUUAUUGUCUGCGCCAACGAUGUGUCGAGUCUCGGCUGCGUGGCUUUAAUAGCCAAAUCACCGAGUGUCUGGUAACUCCUCUGUCGGACAGGUUAGAUGAGUGGCGUCGGACAGCCAACCAAAUGGAUCGGGACUGCGUGAAGGAGCUUCGCAAAGCCAAGUCGGAAUUGCAGCGAGCUAUUCUUGAGGCAGAGAAGUGCAAAAAGCGUCUUCGUCGUAAGCAGGAGCGCGGCGGAGUGACAGCGGCCUUUGAGAAAGACGAUUUUGAAGCUCCCAACGUGCAAAUCAACUUUGUACAACACGAUCUCGCUUGUAAGCAGCGUGCCCUGGAGCAUCUUGAGCAGCGUUGUCGUGAGGCUGUCGCUGUAGAGGAGCGUCGACGCUUCGCUGAACUCUCCACUUGCCUCAAUCCUCUUCUCUACAACUAA